AUACAAAAGAAUAAGAUAUACAACAAUUGAAGAAAAUUUUAUAAAUUUCUUCAUUGAAAUUUCUAAUUAUUACAUUUCCAAUUAAAAUUACGAUCGAGAUAUUUUCUGCAAUUCAUCUGUUGAAAUUUUUAAAUUGCUAUAAUUGCAAGAAUAUCAUGUUGCCACCAACUGCUAUGCACUUGGAACAAAAAGAGAGUACCGAAAAAAUGACAGGUACACAACAAUACCUUCAUCAAUAUCGUAAUAAAUAUUAUCAGGAUGAUCAACAUCAACAUCCUGGACAUUCACAAAAGCAACAAGAUUAUCAUCGGUAUCGUCGUCAUUAUCGCAAUGAUCAUCAUUAUCAUCAUCAUCAUCACCAUUACCAUCACCGUCAUCAUCAUCGAUAUAAACAUCAUCAACUUAGUUCUCAAACUGAUCAACAGUUACAGAACGGAUCUCGCAAUUCGCGGAAUACAGAUUAUCGUCGCACAAUUUCUUCUUUAUCAUCAUCAACUAUAUCACAUAACGAUAAUUCAUCCUCAAUUCAGCACACGAAUAUGUUUGUAACAGGUAAGAUUAAAAAUAAAUCAUUGAUUCAAAGUGUAUAUAUUAAAUCUUCAUUUAACAAUGAAAAUAACAUUCUAUUAUAUUUCCUUAUUUUUAUUUUAAUUCUGAUCUCGUAACGUAACGUCUCGAUCGAAAUAUCUAACCAAUGUUAAUGUUUUAUCAAAGCUGAAAGUAAAUAAUUGAUUUCUAAAUUAUUAAUGAUUAAUUAUUUAUCGCCAUGCGUAGAAUUAGCACAUUAAAUGAUUCCUGUUGCGUAAUGGCGCUCGUCCUGCCGUUCCUCCUUUUUCCUUCUCUUCUUUUUUCUCUACUUCUCUUCCCCUUCCUGUUUCCCUCCCUCUCUUCUUUUUCCCUUUGUUUGUUUGUCAUUUUGUUUUUAUUUAUUCAUAUAUUCUCAUGCUUACGUUCAUUCGAUCAUUAUAUUAUGCUUGGGAAAAGUAACAUGCAAAUUUAUCUUCAAUUAGAUAAUAGAUAAUAAAUCAAAUAGAUCAUUUUUAAUUGUUAAUUUUGAAAUUUUUGUUUCAUGAGUGUU